AAAAACUAUCGAGAAUAAUGAUGACUCAGAUCAUUCUGAAGCUAAUGAUAAAGUGACAUUUGAUUCAAAUGGACAGUUUUCAGAUGAUUUAGUUGAAAAACCCUCCUUACUUGACUUUCUUCGUAAUCAUAUUUCCCCAUUUUCCGGCACUGGUGACGCUUAUAAAUGGUUCAUCCAACUUGAUUCAACAUUUUCUGAUUUGAAAUUAUCAUUUCGUGAUCGUAUUGAAAUUCUUCCAUAUUUUUUAGGUGGUGGAGCUAUGAUUUGGUAUAGUUUAAAUCGACAAAAAAUUAUCGAUUAUCAUGACUUCUGUCAAUUAUUUACUCUUGAAUUUUUGAAUGUUAAAUCACCACCUGAUUCUCAUCGCUCUUCUCAAUUAACGAAUUCGUUUUCACAUAUUUCUCCGUCUGUUAUUCUUGGCAAAAAUUCAAUGGACAAUUCUAUGGAUCAACUGUUGGAUACAACAACAUCAUUUAUUCCUUAA